CCCCUCAAUUAUUUCCUAAUCACGGAGUCAGGGGUGACGACAUUUGGCGAAAUAGCGUGGCUAACAACGGUAAAUAUGGUGAAGUGUCCCUGGGUAAUUCGGUCAUUUUUGUUUAAGAAAAUAUUGAAUCAGAUCUGACUUUUUUCCCAAGAAAAACUCUCCACCACUAGAUCUUUCCGACCCCCUUCAUCACGUUCUUCGCUCUUUUAAAUACACCUCUUCACGGAUCCCCCCACUCACUCACCAGUUUUCACUGUGUAAAAGCCCUUCUCUCUGUUAAUCUCAUCUCUCAAUCUCUCUCUCUCGCGUCUUUGAAUCGACAAUGACUGGCGCUAAGAUUAAGAUCGGUAUCAACGGAUUCGGAAGAAUCGGUCGUUUGGUCGCUAGAGUUGUUCUUCAGAGGGACGAUGUUGAGCUCGUCGCCGUCAACGAUCCGUUCAUCACCACUGAGUACAUGACCUACAUGUUCAAGUACGACAGUGUUCACGGUCAAUGGAAACACAAUGAACUCAAGGUCAAGGACGAGAAGACCCUUCUCUUCGGUGAGAAGCCAGUCACUGUAUUCGGCAUCAGGAACCCUGAGGAUAUCCCAUGGGGUGAGGCUGGAGCUGACUACGUUGUUGAGUCUACCGGUGUUUUCACUGACAAGGACAAAGCUGCUGCUCACUUGAAGGUUAUCAACGACAGGUUUGGAAUUGUUGAGGGUCUUAUGACUACCGUCCACUCUAUCACUGCGACUCAGAAGACUGUUGAUGGUCCAUCAAUGAAGGACUGGAGAGGUGGAAGAGCUGCAUCGUUCAACAUCAUUCCCAGCAGCACCGGAGCUGCCAAGGCCGUCGGAAAGGUGCUUCCACAACUCAACGGAAAGUUGACCGGAAUGUCCUUCCGUGUUCCCACCGUUGAUGUUUCAGUUGUUGACCUUACCGUCAGACUCGAGAAGGCUGCAACCUACGAUGAGAUCAAGAAGGCCAUCAAGGAGGAAUCAGAAGGCAAACUAAAGGGAAUCCUUGGUUACACCGAGGAUGAUGUUGUCUCAACUGACUUCGUUGGUGAUAGCAGGUCGAGCAUCUUUGACGCCAAGGCCGGAAUUGCGUUGAGUGACAACUUCGUGAAACUGGUGUCGUGGUAUGACAACGAAUGGGGUUACAGUACCCGUGUGGUGGACUUGAUCGUUCACAUGUCAAAGGCCUAAAGCUCAGAAGAAACUCUCGAGUGUUGGGGAGGAGCAAGUCUGUAUUUUGCAACUUGUCCGUUUUUUUUAAAAUAAAUUUUCUUGAGAUAGAAAACUCUUCGCUUUUGUGUUUUUGGCUUUUGGCGAAUCUCCUUCACUUGAGGUGAUGAGAGUUUGUAGACCCGUUGUUUAACAAAAUGCCGUUUCGCUUUUGAUGUAUUGAGUUGCUUAUGGUUUAUCAUAUUUUUAUUGCUUUCUCUUUUAGUCCCUUUAUUACCUAGAUCAAAAGUUGAUCCCUGAAAUGUUUCUUAAACCACUGAUUAUUCUAUUCCUAGACUCUAUAGUGAGUCCGUGUACAGAAUAACUCCUUUUCUCAGC